AUGGUUUUCCUGGUCGGGCUUAUGGUUCAGUCCACAAGCCCAAUAGCAGGUUUGUUCAUAAGCUUACACCACAAUGUCAGUGGAGUGGAGCCCACAAGAGAAGCACCUAAAGGUGAACCAUUCCUAUACGAAGCUGGCUGGAAAGAUGGAUGUGCAGUAUUUUUCUAUUCUCUUGUAUGCAUUGUUAUGCAUGCUAUUAUCCAGGAAUACUUUUUAGAUAAAAUAUCCAAAAAGUUUCAUUUAUCUAAAUCAAGGCUUAGCGCACUAAAUGAAUCAGGUCAACUGGUGGUGUUCCAACUUAUGACCCUCAUAUGGGGUGGUGAUGCUAUAUUCCGUGAAGGAUUUCUAUUUAAUAUCCCUCAGCUAUGGGACGGCUACCCCAACCAUUCAAUGACAUUUUUGCUAAAGUUGUGGUGGGUCGUCCAAGCAGCUUAUUGGAUCCAUACAAUCCCUGAACUCUACUUCCAGAGGGUGAAAAAAGAUGAAUGGGCUGGUCGUAUCAGACAAGCUGUUGUAGGUUUCACAUUUGUCUCAUUGGCAUACUUCUUCAAGUUCCAACGUGUUGGUGUUGCUUUAAUAGUCCUGCACUCUCUUGCUGAAUUUGUUGCUCAUAGCUACAGACUGAACUCCAUCCUUCGAGGUGAACGUGAAGAUGUCUUAGACAAAUUUUUGGGACUGGUUAAUGGAGCAGUGUUCGUUUGCGUCCGACUGUGCUCUUUGGUGUUGGGCGUUCUGACAUUUUACUUUGGGUUAGCCGGUGCUGCACCAUUACUCAUAAGAGUUGCUGCACUUUCAAUACUAGUCUCCUUCCAGGUUUACCUGAUGUUCAACUUCAUUUCGGAGACGAUGAAGCAAAGACAAGAAGCACGCCAGCUCGCCCAGAGCAAACCUAAAAAGGAGAGGAAAGAUAAACCUAAGAAAGAGAAAGUAAAGAAGUCGCACAACGAAGAAUCCGAUCUUCCUGAAGUUGAUCAGAACACAAACAAGACACUGCGUCAGAGACAACCUGCCGCUAAGAAGUAA